CAAUUUGCUUAGAUUAGAGCACAACUUGCCUGCAAUAACUAAAGCAUUUGUCCAUGGGACACAACACAACUUGAUGUUCCGCAUAAUAUAGGUCCACAUUUAUUUGCCUGAAACUUGUAUGCAAAUUGCCUACAAACCAAGUUGUAGUUGCUCCUGACUUUCGCUAUUUAUUUUAAUUCGGCUAGCAAGCUGAUGAGGUUGCUACAUUAUCUAUGGAAAUUGCCUACAAACCCAAUACGAGUUGCUACCUUUCAAUCAUUUUUUAUAUGUGGUGCAUAUACUGGUUAGUAGUCUCCAUGUGUUUGUUAUUUUUUCAUAAUAAUUGCCUCAAAUUUCGUAUGUAGUUGCCUCAAAUAACACAUGAACCUUGCUCUUCAUUUAUUUUCCUUAACAUUUCAUAAUAAUUGGGGUAAUUUUAUACUUGAAGUUUAAAUGUGACAACACAUUAUCAUUGUAUGUUUUAUCUCUUGUUUUGCUACAUUGGGAUUUUUUUAAUUGGGGGUGCCGAAUGGGGGUAUUCUCCCCCCUGUUUUUUACAGCCACGUGCUUUCAUUUUUGAGGCGCCUCAUGUCAACGACAACACAUGCCUUAGAUGAUUUUGUCCAUGAUGAUCUGGUAGGAACUAAUGGAUGAACCAAGCAAAAAUGGCAUUCAAGAAGAUCAUUAUGCAGUUAAUCGUGAUGCUGAUCCCUCACAUGUGAUUGAAGAUCAUCACGAGGGCUAGAGAAGCACACCCUUUAUUGGGUACCAGCGUUGAGGAAGAAAGGAGAUUGCUGCCAGUGGCAAACGUCUGUUGGACAUCAACAGCAAUUCGAGUGUUUCCACAUAUGGUGAUUGAAAUUCUAAGAAAGACACUGUCGUGGAACAACCAUCAAAAGCAAAAUGUCAAAAGACCGGAUCUAACGAGAAUAAGAGAACAGGGCAUCGCCUGCAAGGCUUUUCAAGCUGAAUAAACUUCUUGUACCUGUUCAACAAGGCCAAGCUCAAGUCACUUUCAGUCAAUUUCUGACACCAGCCUUGUGCAGAUCAUGGGGAAAGGGAAAGGAAGGCUUGUGUUCUUCAGUAACCCAGGGGACAAGGAUGAAAGAGGCACACAAUCAUGGGGGAAAGUGAAAGCUAAAUCUGACCUUUUUCUGUGCUUUUUCUACCCUUAGUCAAUAGGAAUUGCCUGGAGAACAAAUCCUAAACCAACCACCAUUGGAGGAUUGUGGAGAGUUUUCUGUAUCUGGGAGUUGUCCCUUUGUGGGUUGGGAGAGAAGAAGAUGGGGCUGGGCGAUUUGGUGGGGAGACGCCCAGGGGGUGGAGGAGGGAAACACGUGGGGAGGGAGGAUCACGUGAGUUCCGUGGCUCGAUGGUGCGAGGAAUCGGGAGCGGGGGCCAGGUACUUUCCUAUCCUAGACAGGGGGGGACAGAAAAUUACUAUUUUGGAAGGGCUGCCAGGGAACGCGUCCUGUAAUACAUGUCAAGCUGCAGAAAUAAGGGCCUCUCCAAUCUAUGGGCCUUUUCUUUUCUGAACGGUAGAGAGGCAUGAUUUUUCCACGUGGUAAUGUGAAUGUUUGGUCAUGUCGGAGCUGUGAAGACUUGCAAAGUUGCAAGUCAAGCAGAGCAGACAUGCAGCAGCAUCAAUAAUUCACCCUCCACUCAUUGGUGGGUCCGAGCAGUAAUUUCUCUUGCGCAGGGAACCAAUAAUUCACCCUCCACUCAUUGGUGGCUUGGUGUUCCUGUUCCCUCUUCCGGUCUUCCCCUCCUCGGUCGCUCCAUUCAGACUUCCAGACACGAGAGCGGCCUUCCUGCACGCAGCGGCAGAUGCACGCAGCGCAUCGACGGCCGCGGCGCGCGAGGUGAUGUGUGCAAAGAAAACGUGAAAGUAAUUAAACGGGCAUACAUUCGAUGGAUACACGCAAAUACAGCGCACACGUCGCUUUCGGCGGGGUCGCCUCGUACUGUUUUGCCGUACGCGGGGGCCAGUCCGCUCAGAGCGUGCAGGGCGGUACAUUAUUAAUUUUAACAGGCGGGCCCUGGCUAGGUGGAGUGUGACCAGGUUCGGCCCUUGUCCUACGUCUAGCAUGGGGUUCCUUUUCACAUCUGUGCGAAGGACCGCUACGAGCCGGAGGCAGUGGUGGCGCCCCGUGGUUCGUCAUUUUCUGCUCAUGGCGAUUUUCGAAACGGCGACGCCGGCGAGCGGCGCAGAAUCUGGAUCGACGUCGGCGGCCAGAGAUCCAGGAGGGCGCUUGGGGGCGUCCAUCUCGGGCGGCGGCGUCGCCGCGGCGGCCGCCUUGGUCGUAGGCUCCUCGGAUGCAGUCGUGCAAGCGUUCUCUCCUGACAUCCAUCCGCCGGAUCAGGGGGGCGCGCAGCGGGGGGCAGAGAGGGGUUCUCCUGAUGUAGAGUUCUCCGGCGGGUCCUAUACCACUUUCAGCUCUGGUGGAGGCGAUGUGGCGUCCAGGAGCGCCGCUGGGUCGGCGCCACCCGUCGUCUCACGUGGCUCGGUAUAGUCCUCCCCCCACUGUGCCCGAGCAGCCGCAAGCACCACCAUCAGAGUUGGCUGGAAGCGCAGGGCAAGAGGGCCACAAGGACCAGACGAGCGGUCGGUAGUAGUUGAUCGUGUGCCGGCACUAGAGGCUGCCAUAAGAGGAUUUGCUGACAGGGGGACUAAUGUAGUUGUCAACCCCGCGCUUGGCAUAAUUUUCGAUUCUCUGCCAUAGGCGUAUGAAUUUUACAAUCUUUAUUCGUGGGAAGUUGGCUUUGGGAUUCGUUACGGCAAGAGCAGGCAAAAUGUCAAUGGGACCAAGUGUAUGCAGGAGAUCGUAUGCGGCUGUGCUGGCAAACCAGAGAGGGAGAACAACUCAUCCAUGAGGAGCAAUUGUGCCGCCAUGCUGCGUCUACACCGGAUGGAUGACGGGGGGGGGGUAUGUAUCGGAGAACCGUGCUUCUCACAACCAUGAACUCCUUCGGACUUGUGCGGAGAAGCUGCACUGGCCAUCACACCGGCGCAUUGACACGUACACCAGGGACCUUGUGAAGCAGUUGCGGCAGAACAAUGUUAAUCUGGGGAAGGUGUACAACAUCAUUGGUAGUCUGUUUGGGAGAAUGGAGAACGUGCCAUUUACGAAGAGGUGCCUUAGAACUUUCUGUGGAAAGCUUAGUAGGGAGCAGGCAGACGAUGAUGUGCGCAAGACUAUGGAUGCAUUCUCCGAGCUGGGGUCAAAUGAUCCAGAGUUCUCGUAUGUGGUUGAGGUUGAUAAAGAAAGCAAGAUAAAAACCCUGCUGUGGACUAAUGGUAGAAGCAAGAUGCAGUACCACAAUUUCGGUGAUGUCAUAACAUUUGACACAACUUACAAGACAAAUCUAUAUGACAUGCCUUUCGGGUUGUUUGUGGGGGUGAACAAUCACUUCCAGAGCAUCAUCAUGGGGGGGGCAUGAUGAGGGAAGAAACAAUUGAGAGUUUUAAUUGGGUAUUCACCGAGUUUAUUAGACUGAUGGGUGGAAGGCCUCCAAAAACAAUACUAACAGAUCAAGCGCGGGCUAUGGAGGUCGCUAUAUAUAGAACAAACGAUGCCUGGUACCACACACCGCUGGUGUAAGUGGCAUGUGCUUCGGAAGGCGAAAGAGCACCUCGGGCCGCAUUACACGAAACGGAGUGAUUUUAGGGCGGCGUUGCACAAGGUUGUCAAUGAAAUGCUAACUGUCGAUGAGUUCGAAGCUGCUUGGGCUGAUCUGCUUGACAGAUACAAGCUCCACAACAACACCUUCCUGAUCCAGAUUUUCGAGGUUAUGCACAAGUGGGCAAAACCUUAUUUUAGUGGCAAGUUCUGUGCGAAGCAAACUAGUACACAAAGGAGCGAAAGUGCGAACCAUUUGUUGAAGGGCUACAUUCCCCCGGCUUGCCCCAUGAACCUAUUUGUGAAACAAUACAGCAAGUUUCAGUUCGACCGAGAAGCUGAAGAAGGGUUCCAAGAGAAGAGAACAAGGCUGGGCGGUGUAGUUCUCCGAUACAAUUUUCCUCGGGAAGAGCAUGCGAGCCAGGUGUACACCCGGACGAUGUUUGAGAUGUUUGGUCAGGCUUUGUACCAUGCGGUAAGAUAUGAUGUCGAGGAAGUCGAACGAGGCACGAGGUACCAUGUGCGGCACAUUGAAGCUGAGAAGCGAGAGAAGUGGUGCCGCGAGAUGCAUACUGUCGAUGUCCAUGAAGGUGGCGCUCGGUACACAGGCGAAUGCGGCUUGUUUGAGCACAUGGGGAUGCUUUGUUGCCAUGAUAUCAAGGUUCUUCUUCAUUUGGGGGUGCGGAAGAUACCUAGCUUUCAUGUAAUGAAGCGAUGGACAAUAGAUGCCUGCGACAACUUGCCGCUUCACCUCAUCCAUUACCAGAAAGAUCAAGGCCCUCCGCGGUUGUCAUCCUACCGGCAUACUGCACUACACCUGACAGCACUCGAGUUUGUGCAGCUCGGUGACAGCAAUGUUGAUGCAUUCGAUAGAGCAAUGGACAUUUUAAUUGCAGGCAAGGCUGAACUGACCGUUUUGGCAGCGAUCAAAGAUGGGAAAAGUUUGGUUGACCAAACCCAAGUUGGAGAGUCAGCCAAUCCAACCAUGACUAUGAUGGCAGACGGCGCGCAUCAAGAAGAUGAGCGUUCUGAGAUGUUCAUCUCAACUGAAUGUGGCCUUGGAUCUGUCUCUGUGGGAGGUGAUUCCAGGCAUCCAUUAUCCACUUUAUUGGCCCCUGAUAGGAAGAAGCAGAAGGGUAGGCCGACAACGGUGAGGGACAAGCCUGGAUAUGAGAUCAAAUACGCGCGAUCAAGAUUUUGCACUGUUUGUAGAGAGAAAGGGCACAAGAGCACGACGUGCCCCCGCAGGGGGGACCUUCUUAAGAAACCCCGCAAAAUCCCUACAUGUGGCAAUUGCGGUGUGGCUGGGCACAAGAAAACAAGUUGUUUCAACCCAGUGUUGCCGUUUGUGAAGAGGCCUCGCGACGGACCAGUGGAAUGAUGUCCAUUCCAUGAUAUGAUGCAAACUUUGAUUGAAUCAGUCGAGAGUAUUAUGUUUUCUGCUUGUUAGGACUGUUGGCUUGUAAUUCUAAUAAAAGUUGUGCCUGUCUUUGGGGGACUGGACGUAGGUUGCUAUUUUUUAGCUGUUAUUUCGGUGUUUUAGUUUCUGAGCCUCAGGAUGUGCUGUAGGUUUGUUAACUUUUCAAGUGAUGUUUAAUUUCAGCUACUUAGGACUCAUUUGGGUUUGCUGUGAGGUGGUUUGGUUUAAAAAACGACAUGCUAGCUCGCUGUGUGGUUUGCUGUAGA